CUCGUAUGAUUAGCUAGGCUAGGCGAAGAGCUCUUCGCGCCAUACAUGCAAAAUGGACUGUUUUCGCCGGGUCCAAGGCCAGUUCACAGGCAGACGGCUUCUUUUCUUGUGUAGGCUAUAAAUGAGCUAAUCAACUCUCAACGGGCGAGGAUAUGGAGCAGGCGAGCGGGGUCGCGCCGGGGCCCGCGCGCGCGAGCGUGGCGUUCGUCGUGGUCACGAAAGGGCUGGACUGCCCAACAUCUGAGAAUAAGCCGUCGGGAGCUCGCUACACGCGCGAUGCUAUCCGGGGAAUGUUGCAGUUCAUGGGCUGCAAACCCCGCCAUGCAUACAAGGCCGCCCAGCUGGUCUUCCAAAAGCUGGAGCGCUUCACCGCCGAAGGAAGCAAAUUCGCUUCGGGCAGCCGGCAGCUAUGGGGCGUGGGCAGUCACGACGAGGGUGCUGUGUAUGUGACGAUGCCACGCUCGGAGUUCUAUGAGCUCGUCUGCAGCACCCUCACGGAGUACAACUACAAGUAUGUGCCGUCCUCGGACGAAAUCAAGGCAGCGUGCAGCCUGAAGGAGCGACGGCGGCACAUCAUCGUGUUGCUAUGCGGCACCAGCGGCAGCGGCAAGUCCACGCUUGCGUCGAUCUUGGCCGGCCGCCUGGGCAUCAGCACGGUGCUGUCCACCGACAGCGUGCGGCACAUGCUGCGCAGCUUCACCCGCCGCGAGGAGACGCCGCUGCUGUUCGCCUCCACCUACGAGGCCGGAGAGGCGCUCAGGCAGCAGCACGCACUGGACGAGGCGAGGCACGCCGCCGCCCGCCAGCAGCAGCAGCAGCAGCAGCAGGUGGCGGCUGUAGCAGAGACAGCUGCUGCAGCAGAAGCGGGCGUGUCGGUGGCAGCGGAGGCGGUGGCGGUUGCUGCCGGAGAGGCGGCGGUUGCCGCCGCAGCAGAACUGGACGGGGCGGGGCGGGGGGCGGAGCAGGGAGAUGUGGGCCCGGAUGGUGGGGGUGGGACGUUGGCAAGUGGCGGCCUGAGUGGGACGACUGCAGGGGUAGGGCCAGCGACCGCAGCGAAGGUGGCAGGGGAGGAGGCAGCGGCCGGGCGUGACGCGUCACAGCCGCAGCCGCCGUCCCGCCCCAACCAAAACGGGGGCGCGGGCGCGGGCGGAGGCCUUGCGGCGCUGUCGCCUCACGAGCUAGCGAUUCGCGGCUACAAGGCGCAGUGCGAGCUGGUGAGCGAGCAGCUGGAGCAGCUGAUCAGCGGCUUCGAGGCGCGGCGGCAGAGCCUGGUGGUGGAGGGCGUGCACCUGCACGUGGGGCUGGUGCUGCGGCUGGCGGCGAGGCACCCCGGCGUGGUGCCCUUCCUGGUCUACAUCAAGAGCGAGGGCAAGCACGUGGAGCGCAUGGCUGUUCGCGCCAAGUACAUGACGAUGGACCCCAACAAAAACAAGUACGUCAAGAACAUGAAGAACAUCCGCUGGAUCCAGGAGUACCUGCUGCGCAAGGCGGAGAAGCACGCCAUCCCCUGCGUGGAGAACUCCAACAUCGACCGCUCCGUGGGCCUCAUCCACCUCACACUGCUGGGUUGCCUGAAGCGCAUGAUGAAGGGCGAGGCGGUGCUGGACGCCGGCUCCGGCACCAUGCGCAUGCUGCACAGCGAGUACAGCGGAGUCGUGGACGGCCUGGCGGCGGCGGCAGCCGCGGCCAACAGUGGCGCCGGCGGCGGCAAAGGUAGUGGCAACGGCGGCGGUAACGGCGGCGCGGCGGCUGCAGGGCCAGCGGGGCCGGUGGCAGCUACGGCGGCGGCAGGAGCGCCGGGACAGGGCGCGGCCGGGCAGGCGUCGCUGGCUGCAGGUCCGCCGCCGGCGGGGUCAGGCGUGAGCGACAGCGGCAACGGGCACCACGCCGCGGGCGGGAGCGGGGGAGGAGGUGCGUCAGCGCCGGCAGGUGGACUGGCGGCAGCGGUGGCAGCGAUAUCGGUGCGGCGAGAAAACUCGGGCACAUGGCAGGCCGCGCGGGUGCUGGGCUCGCCGCGCGUGUUCCACAGGGAUUCCGCGCCGGCGGCAGGGCAGGCGCAUGCCCAAGCCGCGCUGGGCCUGGGACUGGGGAUAGGGCCGGAUUCGGGGCCGGCGGCUGCGCCGGAUGCCAGCACCACCGCUGAGGCGUUGGCUGCGGAGCAGGGCAUUGUUGCGGACGCGACGAAUGGUGGCAGCGCGCCGGGAGCAGCACGAAGCAGCAGCUCCGCGGCGCGCAGCGGACUCCAGGUCCAACAUCCCCCGGCCGUGGCGGACGCGCACGCGCAACUCAACGGCUCUCCCGCCACGCACCAGGCAGUGCUGGAGCAUGUUGUCGGCGGCCGUGGUGGCGGCGGUGCCUGCCCGGGCGUCGCGGGCACGCCUGACGCAGCUAGCAGCACAGGGGGCGGAGGCGCGCCGCCGGCGGCCGCGACUCGGCCUCCCUCAUCCCCGCACCAGCCGCGAAGUCCCAGGCUGCAGCAGCACGGCCAGGGCCCUCGCAGCCACCCGCUGCACUUCCCCAUGCCGCCGGAGGUCGAGAACCGCCGGGGGAGCCACAGCAGCCCGCGCGACGCGGCGCAGCAGCUGGCUCUGCUGACGCAGCAACAGCAGCAACUGCAGCAGCUGCAGCAACAGCAGCAACAGCAGCAACACCCACAGAUCGGGUCGCCGUCGCACCGGCCGCAGCAAGGGGCGCUGCUGCAGCGGCCGCCCUUGCUGUCGGCGAAUGCAAGCAACGGCAGCGGCAGCGGCGACAGGCACAGGCGGCCCAGCCGUCACGCUCAAGCCGUUGACUUGGUGGCCUCCGGCGCGAGCGACAGCGAGGAGCGCAGGCGGUCCGAAGACAGCGGCGAGGACGACAGCUUACAGCUACUGGACAGUGGGGUGGCGUUCUCGCCGCCGCAGGUUGCGGAGGGGAUACGCAGCGUGCGCGCGUCGCCGCUGCCCCGCCGGGUGGACGCCGCGGCGGGGAAGGUUCGCAGCAGCAGCGCCGAUGCAACGCCGCUGGAAGGCGCGGCGCCGGGGACAUCAGGCCUGCGGCUGGGGACGGCGGCGGCUGCGCCGCUGCCGCCUGCAGGCCUCGACAGCCAGCUCGGAGGCGAAGCCAGCUUUGGGUCUGCAGUUGCCGGCAGCGCCGCCGGUCCAGAGCGGGAGGCGGACAGGAAGGAGGAGGAGGAUGAGGCACGCGGGCUGCACGGGCUCCAGAUCCAGGCCUCGGCGCCGCCGCACGGCGACCGCAGCAGCCUGAACGGCAGCGCCGCGGUUGCGGGUCCAGGCGGCAGCGGCCCAAGCGGCGGCGGCGGCGGUGUGUGUGGCGUGUGCGGCAGCGGCUCGCCUAUGCGUGGGCCCGCGGUGCUAUCAGGCCUGCUGCACUUAGCCCGCCAGCAGUCGCAGCAGCCGCAGCCGAAUGGGGGCCUGCCAGCGGGUGCGCUGCCACCCGUGUCGCAGCCGGGGUCGCCCUGCGCGCCGCGGCCGUCGCUGCCGCCACGCUCGCCCUCGCCGCAGGUCUGCAGCGCUUCUGGGCAGCUGCGAGCCGCGCCCACGCCGGACCCCUCCACGGCAGCACCCUCAGCACCAGACGCAGCACCCGGCGUUGCGGCGCCCAGGUCUCCGACCCCGGGGCCCCACGCCGAGCCUGCAGCGGACGCGGCCGCAGCGGCAGCGGCGAUGGCUGCUUCGGCCAUAGCUAUCCCAUGCCGCGACCCCGCUGGCGGCGGCCCGGCGGCAGGGAUGCUGCUGCCGGUCCGCGCCAGCCCAAGCCCGCGCGCCAGCCCCGUCGGCGCUGGCACUGCCGGCUCCCUACUGGCCUCCUUCGCACGUAGCUCCCAGGACUCCACGGGCGGCUGCUGGGGAGGGGCGUCCGUUCCUUGCGGCCAGUCGCCAGGGACCUCCUCGCCUUUUGUGCCGGGCGCCCGUGGGUCCUCGGCUCCGCACACAGCAUCGCAGGCACUGCACGCGGCCGUGGGUGUGCCAUGGUCGCCACCGGCUUCCACGCUGCCGGCGGACAUCGCCACGUCACCCGCCGCGCACGCCAGCAGUGCAGGCGCCGUGGGAGGUGGCGUGCUGGGCGGUGCCGGCGCGGGCGUGUGCAGCGGCUGCGGUGCCGGUAGUGGUGGUGGUGGUGGUGGUUUGCUUGGCAGCGGCAGCGGUUUCGUCACCGGGGUUGCUGGCGGCGGUGCUGCCAGUGACGGCGGCGGCGCCGCCGCCGCCGAUGCAGCGCCGGCAGCCGCGGGGCUUUCUGAGGAGCAACGGCAGCACCUGGAUGCAGUGCUGCCAGCAUGGCUCAGGAACAUGGACGUAAGCGGCACUGCCGCACCUGUCAGUGGCGGUGCCGGCACGGUUGCCGCGACGACGGCGGCGGUGACGGCGGCGCCGGCGCCGGCGCCAGCUCAGCCCAGCGCCGCAGCCGCAGCCCCUGCGUCACGAGCCGAAGAUGCCGGUGGUGGAGUUCGCGGUUCUGAAGACGCGAGCGGCAGCGUCGCAGCGUUGGGCAAGGCCAACGGCACGGCCACCGAGUCAUCCGCCGCGACCGCCGUGUGCAACGGCGCGGCUGCCGCCGCCCCGGUCUUCAGCAAGCGCUCCGAUGCCACGGGCGCCUCCGGCGCUGCCCCGCCAUUGCCUUCAGGCACCCCUGCCGCCGCCGCUGACCUGGGCGCCGCUCCCUCGGCAUUGUCGGGGCCCCCACCAGUGCUGCUGGACGCGCCAACGGCGGCGGCCGCCGCCGUCGCGGCAGCUAACGCCCUGUCGCGUUUCGGCGACCACUGCUCCGAUGAAGUGCUGGCGGCGGCGGUGGCGUCCGCCAUCCUGGACCGGCAAAUGGACGGCGUGACUGAACCCCCCGUGCCGCCGGCACAGCAGCAGCAGCAGCAGGCGCCCGCCGGCGGCGGCAGCCACGACGGCCACCACCGCCAGCACCACCACCGGCAGCACCGCAGCCACCACUCCGGCACCCACGCCGCCGGGCGGCUGCAGGCUGCGGGCGAAGGCACGGAUACCAGUACGCCCUCCGGCAACGGCGUUCAGUCCUCGGGCCCGGCGACGGCAACGGCACCGUCCUUUAGCGGCGGCGAAUGGGAGUCAAACAGCUUGAGUAAGGCGGUGCCGGCUGCAAUGGAGGCUUCGCCGCCAUCAGCAGCAGCAGCCGGCGCGCUUGCGUCCACCUCCGCGGUCGCUGCCGCCUCCGCCAGCCCGGUUAGCUCAAGGCGGCCGUCGGGUGCCGUCACCUCAGCCAUGCUGUCGCAGCAGGCUCAGCACCCAACCGCGCUGGAGCCCGGACAGGCACCGACAGCGGUGCCUGCGGGCGCGCCGGCAGCAGUAGCGUCCGCCUCGGCGUUAACAUCAGCAGUGCCGUCGAUGCGGGUCUCCAUGUCUGGCGAAGCCGGCGGCGGCACGGAGCAGCCGCUGACGUCCGUGCCCACCUCACGGCAGCCGUCCGUGGCCUCGCCGAAGCCGCUGGGCACUCGCCCGGUCGCGGACGGCACGGCUGGGGCAAGCGCGUUUGCAGGUUCCGGCGCCUGGGCCGCCGCUGCGGUGGCCGCAGCCUCCCCCGGCGGCGGCGGCGGCGGCAGCCUGCCCACACCCUCCUUCCUUCGCACCGACAGCCGGCGGCUGGGCGGCUCCUCCACGCCCUCCGAGGACUUCUCCUCCGACGACAUCAGCGACGGCGGCGACGACUACGCCGAGGACAGCGGGGCCUUUGGCGCCGCCGCCGCCGCCGGCGGCGCCCGCCGCGGCCGCGUCGGAGCCGCGGCGGCGGGCCGCCGCCGCCGGCUGCGCUUCGGCGGUGGCAGCGGCGCCGCCGCCGCAGGCGCUACCACGGGCACAGGCGAGGGCGACAGCGACGAGGGCGAGGGCUACGGCGGCUACAGCCCGCUGCAGGAGUACGGCAGCGUGUACGAGAGCGCCACGCACGAUGACAUGGACGAGCACGGCGACGACGACGACGCGCCGCUGCUGGGCCGCAGCAACACGCUCAUGCGCCACCUGGCGGGCGCGCUGGAGCGCAGCCGCAUGCGCGCCACCGCCUCGGCGGCGGCGGCGGCGGCGGCGGCGGCGGCGGCGGCGGCGGCGGCGGCUGCAACGGGUUCGACUGGAAGUGCAGGCGCGGCGGCGCGUGGCGGCGUUGGUGUUGGGAGCAGUGGCAGCGGCGGCGGUGGGCACCGCGGGCCACCGCCGGCGGCGUCGUCGGGUGCGGCGAGGAUGGGCAACAGCGGUGCGGGCAGCGGGGGCAGCAGCGGCGGCCGCCAUGGCGGCGGUGGUGGCGCCGCGGGUGCGGGCGGGGGUCGCGGGGGCGCCUCGGCGCCGUCUGUGGUGACCGUGGCACCGCCGUCAUCGGCAGGCGGAGCGCAGCUGCGUCAGCUGCUGGCGGGGAGCCGCGGCUCCGUCGCCGCUGCCGCCGGCAGCUCGGCUGCAAGCAGUAUCGGAGCUGGAAGCGCGGCGGCCCCCGCUGCGAAGCGGGAGGCGCCUGGGCAGGCCGACGCAGCGGCCGGUAGCGCUGGCGAGGGGAACGCGGCCGGUGUUGUUGGAGCGGCGCCCGGCGGCCUGCCACCCUCAGCUGCUGCGUCCUCCGCAUCCGAGAGCGACGGCGCGGCCGCACGCAGGUUGCCGUCUGGUGCUGUAGCAGAGGAAGCUGUCCGACCGGUCGUGCCUGUACGGCUGGACACAGCGUUUGCUGCAGUGGCUGGCGCGACGGCUCCGGCGGUGACGGAUGGUCCACAAGAGGCACCGCCCGCGCGCGCACCGGCAGAGCCCGCACCCGGCUCGCCAUUAGGAUGAGGAAGCUCGUACAAUAGGCGAGGGCAGGCAAAUGACGCAAUGCAUUUGGCAAGUAGGCGCGACGCGGCUGCCAUGGUUCUUCGCCAACUGGGUAGGUUGUUAAGCGUAGGCAGGACAGCAGGUGGGCGAAAGUGCUAGGUAACGCAAUGAACUGAACGUGCAGGAGAGUUGGCGCAAUCCUUAGGGCGGGCGUCUGCAAAUUCGUACGACGGAUACUGGCAGGCAUGAAGACUGACGAGGCGUGGGCCGAUAGGGGUGUAGUAGACAUCGCGCCCUAUGCAGUCGGCAAUUCGUAGAAUGCGCUAGCUGCUAGGGCUCGCAUCUGCCGGGGUUAACGGGGUUCCAUGGCACAGCGCUCACUCUGGGCGCCCACUCUUUGGGGCGCUCCAUGCCGCCAUCCCUCCCCAUCCCUCCUGGAGUCACGGAGUCUAGUAGUCCCGGGCCCGGCCUGUUUGAUCACUUGGAUGGUAUGAAGUUCGGGCCCUCGUGUCGGUGAGUACAGCGGGCGUGACUCGGCGUCUCGGCAGAAAGCAGUGUAGGAUGCAGGGUGAGCAUGUGCAUUCAUCAAACCUGGCUGAGACGCGUGACUUGCUUGUCUAAGGCUUGACAGCUGAGUGUAACAUGGGCUGGCU